AUGUCAAUUAAUGAUAUAUUGUUGAUUGCUGAUCCCAUACUUGAUCGAUUCUGUAUAAAUAUCUUGCCAAGAAUUGGUCUUAAUAUAAAGUCUCUUAUUCUUGAAUCAGAAUCUAUGGAACGUAUUCUUCUUGCUGCAGAUUAUCCUAAUCUAGCUGAACUUAAACUCUUGAAUUUUAAUAACAAAAUCGCUUCACAUUAUUUUACAGUCAAAUCACCAGUUCAUCGUAUUUUUCAAAAACAAAUAACAGAUCUUAUUCUCGAUGAUCUACCUAAUUUGAAAUGUUUUUCAUUGAAAUAUUCUUGUUUAACAGAACAAUAUGAUAGUAAAAUUUUACCUCUUCUUCGUCAUACGUCAAAUCUUGAAGAAUUUACUUUGAAUGCUACGAUUCAGAAACCAAUUAGAUUUGUCGAUCGUACACAGAUUAAUAAUCAAAUACUUGUUCAUAUGCCACGACUUUAUAAAUUUAUCUUUUAUAUUAGUACCGAAAUUAAACUGCAUCAUUUAGUUCCUUGUUUAUCCAGCGACGAUAUUCAACAAACUUUUACUAACAUACGAUAUCAGCAAGUGGCUUGUCUUCUAAACCACUGCUAUGAUACGGCAACAUGUCAUGUUUUUUCAUUACCCUUUGUGUUUGAUCAUAUUCGGUAUAUUGGUAACACAUUUCCAUCGAUUGUUUUUAGUCAUGUUACAAAUUUAGGGGUCCACGAUGUUGUUCCAUUCGAACAUGAAUUUUUUCUUCGAAUAGCUUGUUUUUUCCCUAUGCUUGAAAAAUUAGAUGUUAUUAAUUUUAAAUCACAGUCACAAAUAUCAGACAAUAUGAACUCUAACGAUAAUCAAUUGUGCUCAAUUGUUGAAUAUCCUUAUCUUAUUUUGGUUCGUCUCGGAAGAUCUCAUAUUGAUUACUACGAGCAGUUUCUUAAUGAUACAAAAACACAUCUACCUCGUCUAACUGCAUUAACCGUCAAUUAUGAUCAAUUAACAAUUGUAACAGAAAACUUUACAAGAGAUGCCACACGGCUCAAUUGUGCUAACGUGAAAGAAUUAAUCAUUCAACGAACAUUAGUACAUUCAAAAGAUUUUUAUGUUUACUUUCCUGUUGUAACUUCGUUUCUGUUCGAACUAGUUUAAUAAAAUAAAUAAUAAAAAGAUUUUAAUAGUAAUUAGGUUUUCACUCGAGUAAUAGUAAACAAUAACUACUAUCGGUUUCAAAUUAUAGUGCGCAUGGUUGUUUUUUGAAUAAUUCCAGAAUGGAACUAGCUGGAGACUUGUGGUUCUCACAAUUGGACAGCGAAAUGUUGGGGCCAGAUUUCAAUGCAAAAAUUUGAUUGGUUCAUAAUGGACCAAUCAGAUGAAACCCCAACGGACAUUUUGUAAACAAUAUUUUGAACGCAAUUCAGAUAUUGUUAUGGAUUCUGUCAUGAUCAUUCGGUAGAAAGAAAUGUUCUCUCUCGACCUAGACAAGGCCCAACUUUGUAUCUCAUUUAGUUCAGGAGUUAUUUGGGUUUUGCUGAGAUCUCCGAUUUCGGUCAAUUCGAGUAGAAUCGUUCGGAAAGCGGCCUUGAAAGGGAUAAUUCGCCACGCUGAGUCGAGUGGCAAUGUUUAUUUUUCGAUCCAAAAUACAUUAACGCUAUAAUUUUAAUAUUCCUGAAAUUAUGACUCCAGCCGCUAGACGGCGCCAGAAAGU